UUCAGAGCAAGCCUUCUCAAGGGUGAUGCCAUCCCAUUACUGGGAUAAGACGCCUGAGCCAGCCAUCUUUAACCAACACAGCACUGCAGAUUGCGAUUCAUGUCACUGUGAGCCACCCAAGAAGAUCCGGAGAAAAAGAGAGCGAAAGACAUGGAGAGAAGCUGGUGCCACUAUUGUGUCCCAGACAGGUUCUGGACCCAUUCAGCUCUGGCAGUUUCUGUUGGAACUGCUGCAAGAUGGCUCAUGCCAAGCCUUCAUCUGCUGGACAGGGAAUGGCUGGGAAUUUAAGCUGUGUGAUCCUCAUGAGGUGGCAAGGCGCUGGGGUAAACGGAAGAACAAGCCCCGCAUGACCUAUGAGAAACUGAGUCGGGGCUUACGCUAUUAUUACCAUAAAAAUAUCAUUCACAAGACCAGCGGUCAGCGCUACGUGUAUCGUUUUGUCCGUGACAUUCAGGAUCAAUUUUCUGAAAUAAUUCGGAGCUAGAGAACACAAGUAGCAUGUAAGAAGGACAUUGAUACCUAUAUAUAUCUCCAAAAACCUUUGGAAUGCCAGAAGAGAUAGUAGGUGAAGCUCUUUUAUAGACUGCUCUUCAUCAUUUAUGCUCUCCUUCAAAGCAAAGCUGGUAACAGGCUUGGCAUAAACAUUGAAU